AUGGCCUCGUCCGAUUUUGACUUUGUCAAGAAGAUGACUCCCGCCACCUAUACAUUCCCAUCACAUCGCCUUCGCCGCGCCUCGAGCUCGAAUACGCCCCUCGUCCUGGUCUCCUGCGGAUCAUUCUCCCCCAUCACCUUCCUUCACCUCCGCAUGUUUCCCAUGGCUCGGGACCACAGCCGUAACGAGGCAGGAUUCGAGGUCGUUGGCGGCUACCUCUCCCCCGUCUCCGACGCCUACAAGAAGAAGGGCCUCGCGCCGGCGGUGCAUCGCAUCCGCAUGUGCGAGCUGGCGACCGAGAACACGUCCAAGUGGCUCAUGGUAGACCCAUGGGAGGCCGAGAGCCCGACGUACAUCCCGACGGCACGAGUGCUCGACCACUUCGACUACGAAAUCAACCACGUCAUGGGCGGCGUCGAGUGCACUGACGGCACCCGCAAGCCCGCCAAGAUCGUCCUGCUCGCCGGUGCCGACUUGAUCCAGACGAUCAGCACGCCCGAGGUCUGGGACGCCCGUGACGUCGAGCACAUUCUCGGAAACUUUGGAGCCUUCGUGCUGGAGCGAACAGGCACCGAGCUCGACUCGGCCCUCGCGAGCUUGAAGCAGUGGGAGAAGAACAUCCAUGUCAUACGACAGGUGGGCAACCAGCCGGCCCAUGGGGGCUUCCUCCGCCCAACUCAGCACGAAGGUGCGCUUGCUUUUGAAGAGAAACCUGAGCAUCGAUUACAUGUGCGCCCCAUCCACUCCCCCCCGGCACACUAUCCGUCCCUAACCAGCAUGGCUCCUGGCAGUGUUCCCGAUGAUGUUGUCAAUUACAUCUACGAACAUGAUCUGUACCGGGAUCUCGACCUGCAGAGGAGCGAAAAGGAAAAGGACGGAACCGACGACGCGGCGCCCGGACCCCGCGACGGCUGA